AUGGACCCGGAGGUAUUCCCGCCAACCCGAAUCACCUGUGGUCUGCCCAUGAGGAAGUCCAGUAGCCAGUUGCAGAGGGAGGGGUCAAGUCCCAACUGGACCAGCUUGAGGAUGAGCUGCUGUUGGACCGAUAUGCAAACUGGCAAAUGUAGCCACGGAGGUGCCGAAGACCUGACCAGCAACGUUGCCCCCCGAGGAGGCCUCACUUUUGGACCCCUGAUCCGGACAGCAGACCCAGAUGUGAUGAAAGCAGAAAUUUCCAAGUUGAUGACAGCUGGAGGUGGUGAUGGCCCAGAGAUGGCUUACUCCGGUUUACAGAUGACACUGACAGGCACACCUGCUUCCUCUCACGUAUUUGUUUUCACCGAUGCUCCUGCGAAGGAUGUCGAACUUAAGGACACCAAGUCCACGGUGUCUUUCCUAAUGACUGGAGUUUUAAGCAGACGUCGCAGAGCGGUCUAUACCGCUUCUUUGAAUGAUUACAAGGUCCUGGCUCUGGCGUCGGGAGGACAAGCUAUUGAGGUGUCGAAGAGAGAGCUGCCUCAGGCGACUGAUAUCAUCCUAGAUACUUCCACUUCAGCAUUGGUGACAGUCCUGCAAAGAGCAAGGAAUCCUGGAAAAGCAGAGACGUUUUCCUUCAUGUUGGAUGGGUCCCUGAGCAAGGUCACCAUAUACAUCACUGGAACAGCGAUCAGUUUUACGCUGACUAACCCUUCAGGUGUGAGCCAGACCAGCACUGAGGCCACUGGAAAGCUGGGAACCAUUAAGUCGACUGGAAAUCUGAGGAGAAUUAUUCUGAAUCCUGACAAAGCUUCUGGAAAGUCGAAACUGCAGAUCAACUCUAACCAGCCGUACACAUAUAGUGUUCCAGGGCAGAGUACAAUCACCUUUAUCUAUGACUUUGUGGAGAAAUUCGAUGGACCCCACCCAGGAUAUGCAGUUAUCAGUGGGCAACCCUUUGCAGGUCAGCCUGCCACUAUUAUGCUCAAUGUUAUGGGCAAAAAAGGUCCAUCAUCGUUGGAAAUAGGAAAAGUUGGUGUAGUUGCCAUGUCUGCCUCUGAGAGUAUUACCUAUGGUGAGACCACCGACAUGGGCAACGGAGCAGUUCUGGUGACACUGAAGGCCAUCCCAUCUGGGGAGUUUGUCAUUGUGCACCAAGGGACAGACAAAGUGUCAGGCAGCGAGUACGAGAGACAGUCGACCACACAGAUGUCCGUUUCCAAAGUCAACAUUGAGGCCGCUGUGACGGGCACCAUGGAACCAGGAAAGACCUUCACAAUCCCAUUCAGUGUGAUCACUCAGGGUCUGAGCGGCGAAUUCAUUAUUAACGCACAAAACGACAAAGACUACCCAAUGACAAAACCAAACAGGCUCACCUUGACCUCUGGAAAAUACACCAACUCUAGUUUGACUAUCACUCCAGGUAUAAACACAGUGCCUGGCACUGAUGUUACGGUAACCAUUGAUGCCAAGUCAGUCGUCGGUGCGGAUUCUAACUACGCUGUGCUGAGAUUCACCGUCAUCAAUAAGGGGGGCGCCCAUGGUGGACAUUUGUCAAGUAGUCUCCUCAUCUUUGACUUCUACCAUCGCUCAGUACUCAAGAGUGCUUCUGGGGUUGCACCUCCAAGUGCACAGCAGGACGGUUUCAGAGCAUCGGUCGGGAGGGCCAUUCUGUAA